AUGUCAGUGCAAACCACAUAUCUUGAAAAUGGUGAAUGGGCCACCAGAAGCGUUAAUAUUGGAGAAAUCUUGGCUAGAAAUCGGGAACUCAACAUGCCGGCCAAUACACCUGUUUUCAAACCUCCAUCCAUAGGUCUUCUUUCAAGGACACUUGUGUGUGGCCCUGCAAUCCAGUGGGUAUUGCCAGCACGAAUUCGACAUCCUAAAAAGAAUGAUGUUGUUUUUGUUGGAGAUAGUUUCAUUCAAGUCAAAGAGCUUGUUCCUAGUGGGCACUUGGAAGAAAUUAUUACCAAGGCAGAUUUUGAUGCUAAAAUUGUGGCCGCAAAAGUUAUCAAUACGCGCCCCGAGCUUGGUUUAGAAGAUCAAGGCAAUAUUCGCGAUUUGGUGCAAGACAUGGAAAAUGUACCACCUCAAAUUCUUGUGCUGAUUUUGUCAUCCAAGGAGAUCAUAUUUAUGUACGCUAGAGAGUUACCUCGAGGGCGAUAUGAAUUCAUACAUGCGCGGCGGCCGUUGCCAGCAGAAGUCAGCUCCCUAGAAGAAUACGGCAGAAUCCUUGCAAUCGAUCCUCGAUCUAGAGCAAUGACUAUCUCCACAACUCAUCAGUUUUUUGGUGUGUUCGCACUAAAGCCCCCUCGGGUCAUGCAAUGUGAAAUGAAAAACGGGCCAGUGAAUCCAAUUUUAGAGGAAGAAUUUUUCAGAACUGAAGGUGAUAUUCUGAAAAUGGAGUUUUUAUAUCCAAAAGCAAACAAUCCUAACAGCAUCGUUCUUAUGCUUGUUACAUCACGGCGUACAGGCAUUCAUGUUGAGAUCUACGAUUGGGCAGUGAAACAAGAUGUUCUCUGCUUUAAUAUGCUGAAAAUCACAAUGAUGAGAAGACUUCCAUCAGAGUGGGGAGCUCCACCAAUUUUAAUACCCUUGAUUCAAUCUAUGUCUGUGCUCUUUGUAACCCCUGGUGCUGUGCACAUUUUUAAAGACAUUUUGGAGCCAGACUGCACCAUCAGAAAAUAUGUGCUUCCACCAAGAGAUGAUCUUCAGUUGACAGAUCUGAUUUGGACACAAUGGACAAGACCCAUGCGGCAUGAAGUUCAUAACAAAGAAUUUGAUGAUAUUUACCUAUGCCGUGAGGAUGGUGAAGUUUUAUAUCUUGAAAUAAAAGAGGGUGCUGUGCAACGAAACUCGGUUCUUGGCUAUCUUGGCUGCAGCCUUGACAGUGGAUUUGCCAUCUUAGAUGGAGGGUUUGAAGCUGGAGAUUUGUUUGUUGCAACUGGUAGCUUGAGUAGUGGCGGUUUAUUCAUCACUGAACCAAGAAAGCCACCAAAAUGUGUUCAAAAAAUCCCUAACUGGGCUCCAACUUUGGACUCCGUAAUUAUCGCCGGACAAAACCAAGAUGAUUCCCCUUCCAAAACAAAUGUUCGAGUUAUCAGGCCGCCAUACGACCGGAUUUUCGCCUGUUCUGGUGCGGGUAAUCGUCAUGGUGCUAUUACGGAAUUUAGAUACGGGCUUGAAGCGCGAAUUGGGUUGGUGGUUGAUCAGGAAGAUUCGGCGGGUAUUACAAAUCUCUGGACUUUACCAAACCUAAUGACUGCAGGUACAUAUUGCUUGAUAUCGAGCCCGUUGUCAUCCUCGUUAAUCUUCAUACCACUUGCUGCUACGGAGGAACUGUACACUUUGGAUGAAGAAACCUGUGGCCUUAACCUCAGCGCGCAAACUUUGGCGGCAUCUUGUACAGCUGACCAAGUCAUGGUCCAAAUCACAGAUAUUUCCAUUCAAUUGACCGUGCUUGGAAAUAAAUCCCUUCGAUUCUCAGUAAGGCUCGGGUCUUUAGAGAAAAUAAUUGCUGCUACAGUCUACAGCCGCCUCUCGUUGUUAGCCACAGCAAUCUGCUACGAUGACAAAGUUCAUAUAGUUGUACGAACAUCAGAAUUAAGUACUACUGGCCUACGCUGUGACAUGUUUGCUGAGCCAUACCUCACUGCUUACGUACCCCUUUGCCUUCUCAUUGAGGAGAUAGAGUCCUACUUUUUUCUCUUCAUUGGCACACGCGAAGGCAAAAUCCUGGUUAUCGAGAUCAACUAUACCCGAGGGUUAAUUCUGGCCCUUGAACAAGAGAUACUACCUGCUGUAGAACACGGUGAUUCAACAGCAUGUGAGUCUCUCAGAAUAAUAUCUGCACUCAAAAAUGGGAUUCGGAAAUCUACUUUAUUUUGUGGGUUACGCAACGGGAUGUUAGUCCCACUUGACAUUGAGAAAAGUCAAGGGUCUGCACUAGAGCUAAAACAGAAUGCCCCAUAUAAACUUGGGGACACCUCUGCCCGCGUUCGUGGCUACGAGUCUGAUAUGUCGACAGCCAUCAUCGCCUGUGGAACUGGGCUGUGGCGAUUGUCAUUUAUCGGAAACGAUGACUGCUUGAGUCAUACACUAGACAAAAUCCUCAUUACGGACCAAAAUAACCCAGCCCGUAUGCAAGAUACAAUUGAUGUGUUCUGCUGUGCCGAUUUACAGCCCAACGCCCCUCCAGGAGGACUUGGAGGCUCGUUGAUUUGCUUCGCUGACAAUCAACUAUUUGCAUGCACGUUGGAAAAGUCACCAAAGCCGAUUCCUCGGCAAAUCCAUGUCCCUGGGGAUCCAAAGCGAAUUAUCUACUCUAAAUAUUUGCAGAAACUUGUUGUAGCAUACAAUUUUGUGAGCUACGAAAAGGAUGGCGAAUAUACACGACGUUAUACCCGCCCCAAAAUCUGUUUUAUUGACCCAGAUGACCAGUCAGCUACACCCCCAGCUUUAAAUAUGGAUGAAGGUACUAUCCAGCAAUUUGACAAUUCCCGACAUGCAGCUAUGCCAACAGGAGCAUCUGGUGAAAAGGUGACAGCACUAUUUGAUUGGAAUUUUUCUAGCGGUGAGCAUGCCUACAAUAUGAUAGUUGUUGGAACGUCACAGUCACGAAGUACUUACACAGGGCGACUGAUUUAUAUCUCCGCGCGCACAAACCCCCACAGCCCACGCCAGGUGCUGGCGACCAUCAAGUAUAUUCAUACAUAUAUGCAGCCCAUCAGAGCGGUUGCUUCCUAUGCUGCCACGUCCCUGGUUCUUGGAGUUGGCGACGAAAUAUUUUUUCAGACUUUGAACCCUUCAACAAAAAAAUGGAGAACACUACCAGCCUACAAAAUGGAGUCCACACCACUUUCGAUUACGGUGAAAACGCCAUUUAUAUAUGUCUUGACAGCACGACAUUCACUCUGCAUUCUUACACUGGCGAACGACCGCCUUGUGCUUCAUGCCCAAGACGGGACUGAUAGAGAAGGGUUGGCGCAUGUGAACCUAGAAGGCGAAUCGAAAAUCACACUGACGUCUAACAGAGGUGGUGCCCUGGUUGGACUCUCAGAGCUACAGCUUUUACAGGAUGAGAAGCUCAUAAAACCACUGUUUGCUGCCCAUACUCCUCAGUCGGUCAUUCGACUCAGCCUGAGCCACAGGCCUUACAAGUCUGGGCGUUCCGAAAUCAUAUAUGGCACAGCACUUGAUGGCACAAUCUACAGAUUCACGACUCUCAAAGAACAUGAAUGGCGACUUCUUCGAUUCAUCCAAAAUCUGUGCCUCAGCCAUCCCAUCGUAUGUCAGUACCGAGCCCGAUGGAAGCUGGUUUCAGAGGACCUAGCGCCCGUGGUGCUCAAACCAGAGUCAAUGCACGUUGAUGGUGAUGUUCUGAGUCGGGUUGUAGAACAUGGCGCUUGGAUUCUGGAAGACAUAAUGAAGCAGAACUCUGCAAAUUUUUAUACAAGCAGCCCUCGAGAGAAUAGUGGGAGGAUGGACUAUUUCUUAGAUUUUGCAACCCCUGUGGUGGGAAACGUGAAAAAUCCUUUUGUAGCUGUUAUCUCGUGGAUGGAAGAGCUGCUCCGUAUUGAGCUUUGA